AUGGAAAAAUCCUCAAAAACUGAUCCUGAAACAUCGUGGACGGUGCCACUAUAUGUGCCUACGCCACCGCCCGUCCUUGCAGCGGCUGGCCAUGAUGACGUUUGUCAAAAUCAAGUUUCUCGCUUCCCGUUGUCUACGGAAGAAACAAGCCAUCCUUCUCCGAAAAUCGAGUGCUGUUUCUCCAGCUAUAACAACGAAUACUUUCUUGACUGGACAGGUCCGGACCUAUUGUCACCAUCUUCCUGUACCGACGACGUCUUCCUCUACUUGUCUGCUUUCUACCCCCGGGAGAAAUUGGAUUGGGCAGACAUCCGGCUUUGCGUCUUGAUCAAUGCGACCGAAGAGGUGGUGGCGAUAUACCCAUUUUCCUUACCCCGAACUGAAUCAAUACUGGGAAACCUGAGCCAGGUCCGCCAGCUAGUACAUGAUCGUAUUGUGAGCCACGACGUCGAGGAUCUUCAUUUUCGAUUGAUUGUUCGGCCAAAGAGCCAAGAAGCUCCAGGGUCUAUGGGCACAGAAAAGACAUUCAGCUCGUACUUCCGCCCUGUGGUACCUAUCUCGCCGCUUGAUCCUUAUUUCUUCGUGCAGAAUAUUGCGGGGAAUUAUUGA